AUGGGUUGGAGGCUUGUGGGUUCGUUGCUUGCGUUCUUCGCGGCAACCUCGAUAGCAUGGCCUUACGACGAGGCCCUUGUUGAUUACAAUCUCAACACGAACAGACAAGCGAGCAAUCCUGCUGAAUACUCUACAGAUGUACCUGGCCACAAUUACACACCUUCGCCUGACAAUUGGCGUUUCCCCAUGUAUACCCUCUUCCUGGACCGUUUUGUCAAUGGUGAUCCAACCAACGAUAACAUCAAUGGCACCCUCUUCGAGCAUGAUCUCAACUCGAACCAGAUGCGUCAUGGGGGUGACGUCGUCGGCCUGAUUGACACUCUGGAUUAUCUUCAUGGAAUGGGCAUCAAGGGCAUCUAUCUGGCAGGCACGAUUUUGAUGAAUCAGCCCUGGGGUUCAGACGGCUAUUCAGCCCUCGACACUACGUUGCUCGAUCAACACUUUGGGAAUAUCCAGACUUGGAGGGACGCAAUCUCGGAAAUUCACCGACGAGGCAUGUAUGUCGUUUUCGACAAUACAAUCGCUACCAUGGGUGACUUGAUUGGUUUCGAAGGAUACCUGAAUACCACUACCCCUUUUUCCGUCAAAGAACACAAGGCACUUUGGAAGACUGACCGCCACUAUGUCGAUUUCCACUUUGGAAAUGAUUACAACGAGACCUGUGACUACCCGAGAUUUUGGAAUGAGACUGGCUGGCCAGUCGACCAAUCCGUCAGGGACCAAUUGAAUGGGUGCUACAACAGUGACUUUGACCAAUAUGGUGACCGAGAAGCUUUUGGUGUCUAUCCAGACUGGCAACGUCAGCUGGCAAAAUUCGCUUCCGUUCAAGAUCGUUUGCGCGAGUGGAAUCCCAGUGUCAGACAAAGAUUGACUCGCCAUUCCUGCAUGAUUAUCGAGGCCCUUGAUAUUGACGGCUUUCGGUACGACAAGGCCACGCAAGCCACCGUGGAUGCCCUGGGAGAGAUGUCGCUCGCUUAUAGGGAGUGUGCUCGUAAAGUUGGCAAGAACAAUUUCUUCAUUUCCGGUGAGAUCACUGGAGGAAACACCUUUGGCUCCGUUUACCUUGGGCGUGGGAGGCAGCCCAACCAAUACCUGGAGUCUGCCAUCGAUGCUAUGAACAUGACCAAUUCAUCGGACCACCAGUAUUUCUUGCGCGAGCAUGGCCAUGAGGCUAUCGACGCAGCAGCCUUCCACUACUCCAUAUAUCGCUCCCUGACUCGAUUUUUGGGCCUCGAUGGGAACCUGGCGGCUGGCUACGAUACUCCAGUUGACUGGACUGAUGCCUGGAACCUAAUGGUCAUAUCCAAUGAUAUGAUCAAUGCCAACACUGGGAAGUUCGAUCCUCGACAUAUGUAUGGCGCCACAAAUCAGGAUGUUUUCCGAUGGCCGGCCAUUGAGUACGGUGUAGAGCGCCAGCUCCUUGCUCUGUUCGUCACAACCCUGCAUCUUCCCGGCAUCCCACUUCUUCUGUGGGGCGAAGAACAGGCUUUCUACAUCUUGGAUGCUACGGCCUCCAACUAUAUCUAUGGACGUCAAGCAAUGUCACCCGCCACAGCAUGGAAGACUCAUGGCUGUUUUCAGCUGUCACCAUCGCAGUAUUACAACUGGCCUAUCCAAAAGGGUCGCCAGGGUUGCCAGGACCAGACGGCCACGUACGAUCACCGUGAUCCUUCCCAUCCCGUCCGGAACAUUAUCAAACAUAUGUACCAGAUGAGAGAGAACUACCCUGUCUUGAACGACGGAUGGUGGCUACAGAAGCUAUCCAAGCAGACUCGUGAAAUUCAUCUCCCUGGUUCAAACAGCACUCCUACCGAAACGGGCAUGUGGUCAAUCCUAAGAGACGUGACCCCGGGUAUCCAAAGCCUCGGCCCCGACAAGGACGACCAACCGGUGUGGCUGGUAUACCAGAAUGAGAAUCAUACCGUUGACUACAAAUUCGACUGCGGCAGCAAUGACUCUGCCCUAAUCGCUCCGUUCGCCUCCGGAACCACAGUACGAAAUCUGUUUUAUCCACACGACGAACACGUUCUAAAAGAUGGUCCAAAGAAACUUGGCUUGAAUGGCUCCACGGACACCAAUGGCUGCCUCGAUAGUCUGACUCUCAAGCCUUUUGAGUUCCGGGCCUAUGUCCCAAAGAAAAGAUUCAUUGCUCCCCGGCCCAUGAUCACUCAGAUCACGCCUGGCCACGAUACCCCAUUACUCUCAAAGGUCGCACCUGACCAGGCUGAAGAGAUAGAUGUCAGCAUCUACUUCUCGGCAGAAAUGGACUGUGACUCUGUCACAAAGUCAAUCACCCUGAAUUCGACGACAGAAUCUGGGAAAAUGCCAUCUGUUGACAGCAAAAGUGCGAGUUGCAACAAGAUUCCAGCGACGGAUACGCAAUGGACCGGUCAACUUCCAAGCGUCUGGGUUUGGACCGGAAAGUUGACUGGCGUGUAUAAUGGGAUUCAUCGGUUGACGGUCACAAACGCGAGUGACUCCGCUGGGACGAGCGCAACAAAUGCCAUUGACCAUUUCUUGUUUCGUGUUGGCCAAAGUGACAAUCCCAUGGUAUUCACCUCGGCCAAUUAUUCCAGUAGUCUGUUGCAUGAGCACGAGAACGGCACACUUUUCAUCCAACAUCAUGCUGCGGGUGCCGACAAAUAUCGCUAUUCCACCAACUGGGGAAGUUCAUUCUCUAAUUGGAUGGACUACAAAGGCGGCAAUGAGACAAUCGAAGAGCUUCCCUGGUCCGGAACCAAGAAGCAGAAAUGGCAGGGAAAGCAUGUGCGCGUUGAGUAUUGGAGCAAGUUGACUGGGAGCAGCGACUAUGUCCAAGAAGGAGACUCUGGCUGGGACUCCAACCGCCCACGGCGCUUCCCUCACCUCUUCUUUAAUGGGCCGUAUAAUCAAUAUGGCUAUGAUGCUGGACUGAACAAUGCGGUUCAGCUAGCAGACAAUGGACUGUGGCGGUUUAGAUUUGUAGCUGAGUGGCCAGCGCAGGGCCAGUUCAAUGUCUGGGGCAUCAAUCCUGAUGGUCAACCCGACCAGAGUUUCGUGUUUGGUGAUGCAGAUAGAGACGGCGUCCUAGAUCGCAUGCCUCCCUCUUCCCUCAGUACCACACUGAUUAACAUCACCGACCACCCGCCAGCGCCUCAUCUGGCAUGGGUCCUUCACCUGGAUGAUUCGACUCUGCAGUUCCGACUCGAGCCAACAGGCUCCAGGGCAGUUCAAAUGGCCGUUUUCUUCCUCAUUUGGCUCAUACCAGUUCUGACGGCUGCUGCAUGUGUAUACGGCUUCAUGAAAUCGUUCUACCAAGUGAAAUUUAACCAAGUCGGCGUCAGCGAGAAGAAGACGCUAUUACCAUUAUGGCUCCGGAGGAAGAUCAAGCGCGCAGCUCUCGAAGAUGGCGAGCCUAUGAAUCCUCUUGUCCGCUUUGCAAACAGGUCAGGCUUUCUCCAAAGUAGGUCUGCAUUCAAUGAAGGGGCUUUAAAGCGGAGGACUGUCCUGAUUGCCACAAUGGAGUACGACAUUGAAGAUUGGGCGAUCAAGAUUAAAAUCGGCGGUCUAGGCGUCAUGGCACAGCUUAUGGGCAAGAACCUGGGGCACCAGAACCUGAUAUGGGUUGUCCCUUGUGUUGGUGGUGUUGAUUACCCCGAGGAUCAGCGGGCUGACCCGAUGUUUGUCACCGUGCUCGGGAACUCUUAUGAGGUCAAUGUCCAGUACCAUGUUGUCAAGAACAUCACUUAUGUUCUCUUGGAUGCACCCGUCUUCCGCCAGCAAACCAAGACCGAGCCGUAUCCUGCUCGGAUGGACGAUCUGGAUAGUGCCAUCUACUACUCUGCCUGGAAUCAGUGUAUCGCACAGGCAAUCAGGAGAUUUUCUGUCGAACUGUAUCACGUCAAUGACUAUCAUGGCUCGAUUGCUCCACUCUAUCUGCUACCACAGACUAUACCCAUUUGCUUGUCCCUCCACAACGCUGAAUUCCAAGGACUAUGGCCAAUGCGAACGCAGAAGGAGAAAGAUGAAGUCUGUUCCGUGUUCAACCUUGACCUUGAUGUAGCAAGUCGCUACGUCCAAUUUGGUGAGGUUUUUAACAUGCUUCAUGCGGGUGCAAGCUACCUUCGGCUGCAUCAGCAAGGCUUCGGUGCCGUAGGUGUCUCAAAGAAGUAUGGGAAGCGCUCUUAUGCCCGGUAUCCGAUCUUCUGGGGACUGAAGAAAGUUGGAAACCUACCGAAUCCUGAUCCUACAGACACGGGGGAAUGGAACAGAGAGCUAACUAGGCAAUCUGACAUCAAGGUGGAUGCAGCUUAUGAGGCCAGCCGCGGAGAAUUCAAGCGUCAGGCACAGGAGUGGGCAGGACUGGAACAGAAUCCCAAUGCAGAUCUCUUGGUGUUCGUUGGAAGAUGGUCCAUGCAAAAGGGUAUUGACCUCAUUGCAGAUGUGAUGCCUGCAGUCCUAGAAGCUCGGCCUAACGUCCAGUUGAUUUGUGUUGGUCCGGUUAUUGACCUCUAUGGCAAAUUCGCGGCGUUGAAGCUUGAUCGUAUGAUGGAAUUGUACCCCGGCCGUGUGUUCUCGAGGCCCGAGUUCACAGCACUUCCGCCAUUCAUCUUCUCUGGUGCUGACUUCGCUUUGAUCCCAUCCCGCGAUGAGCCCUUUGGGCUUGUUGCAGUGGAGUUUGGGCGCAAGGGUGCCCUUGGUAUUGGUGCGCGAGUUGGCGGCCUGGGUCAAAUGCCUGGUUGGUGGUACAAUGUUGAAUCUACAACAACAUCGCAUCUUCUGCAUCAAUUCAAACUCGCUAUUGGUAGUGCAUUGAGCUCGAAACCCAGAGUUCGAGCCAUGAUGAGGGCACGGUCCGCGAAGCAACGCUUUCCUGUUGCUCAGUGGGUGGAAGACCUUGAAAUCUUGCAAUCUACUGCGAUUCGCAUUCACAGCAAAGAACUGGCGAAGUCAAGUGGACAGCCGUUGACUCCAUCCGGGUAUAACACCCCGAGUGGGAUGAUGACGCCUCCAGUUGCAGGAAGUCUGACUCCAACCGGCAUACAAACUCCUCCUUUGAUCCAUUCACGGGAACCUAGUAUCUCAAACGCCAGUCGGCUCAGUGUGCUCGGCCCCCAGCAACGAAACACAAUCGUAUACAGCCGCGACCCAAGUCCUGGAAUGGCUGAAAAGCCCAAGUCAGGUCUUAGCCGGCAGCUAUCACUCGGAGUAAGAGCUGGACCUGGGCAUCUGGAGCGCCGCGGCCGUCGUAAGCUCAAGAAGAUGAACCAAGCGGGCAGUGAUGACAAUCAGAACUCAACGACUGACGUCGAGUCAAGCAGCGAUGACGAUAUUAUUCCCAGCUACUACGGUGGCGACGAAUACACUCUCACGCCCGAACAAGCGGAAGCAGGGCGACAAAUGGAAAUCUCCCAGCAACAAGGGCAUCAUUCCGUGUGGACCCCUCGGGACUUCUUCAGUCGGAGGCAUUCAAGUCAAACGUCUAUCUCUUUUAACACCCCCCUGUCCCCCACCAGCACUGGUGUCACUGAAGCCGACGACACUAUCUUCCCUCCUGCUCGGCGGAUGCUGGAACCUGCUAACCCGAGCCACCGCCUUAGCAGCGCCUCUGUGCUGUCGGUAGAUUCGAUCGUCGGCGCCAAGCGAGAUUAUAGACUCCAGAGGGUUGAUCCUUUCUUCACGGACAGUACCGGCGAGUUCUACAGAAUCUUUGAAAAGAAGUUGGAGGCAUUGAAUGGUUCAAAUAGUGAAUCACAGCUUUGCAUCGAGGAGUACCUUGUCAAGAGUGAGAAGAAGUGGUUCGACAGAUUCAGGGAUGCUAAAUUAGGUCGCAAUCAGUCUCCUGCUUCUUCCGUUUUCCAGGUCAAGCGCGAUAUUUCGUCCAACGAUACGGUCUCCAAUGAAAUGGGGGCGCGUGAGAGCGACAGCGACCCACCCAAAGAACGGGAUGAGUUCUUCUUAGGGUCUGAUUAUGUUCCCCCCACAGGCCUGAAAAAAUGGAUGCAAGUGCGGAUUGGUGACUGGCCUAUCUACUCGAUAUUUCUUGGAUUGGGACAAAUCAUUGCGGCCAACUCCUACCAGAUCACACUGCUCACCGGCGAAGUUGGCCAGACACCUGAAAAGCUCUAUGGUAUCGCGACAACAUACUUGAUUACAUCGAUCAUCUGGUGGUUUUUCUUCCGCUACUUUAAGUCAGUGGUCGUCCUCUCGCUUCCAUGGCUGCUGUAUGGCCUUGCGUUUGUCAUAAUCGGUGUCGCGCAUUUCGAAAGUAACGCAUUCAGUCGCGGCUGGAUCCAGAAUGUGGGAAGCGGACUGUACGCUGCUGCCUCCUCUAGUGGCUCCAUUUUCUUUGCGCUGAAUUUCGGUGAUGAGAAUGGAGUGCCUGUCAAACAGUGGGUUUUCCGUGCAUGUGUCAUUCAAGGUACCCAGCAGGCUUAUGUGAUCGGCCUGUGGUAUUGGGGAACCAGCCUUGCUCAAGCAACCAACAGUGGCAUUAUCAAUCCUCAGGGUGAUAUAACGAACACUUGGAAGAUAACUGCCAUUUGCUUACCCAUCGCCAUCAUCCUGUGGAGUAUCGGUUUGCUUGUUUUCUUCGGUCUGCCGAAUUACUAUCGGCAGAUACCCGGGAAAGUCCCAUCUUUCUACAAGUCUGUCUUCCGGCGAAAGAUCGUUCUGUGGAACUUCGUUGUUGUCAUCGUUCAGAACUUCUUUCUGAGCGCACAGUAUGGACGGAAUUGGAGCUUUCUCUGGAGCUCUAAGAAUGCGGAAGCCUGGCAGGUGGGAAUUUUGUGCGCUUUUUUCUUUGGCGCUGUCUGGGCCGCGCUGCUAUACUUGUUCGGUUAUCUGUCCAAGUCUCACAGCUGGAUCAUUCCAGUGUUCGCCUGCGGCUUGGGGGCUCCGCGAUGGGCCCAGAUGCUUUGGGGAGUCUCAGGGAUUGGGCUGUAUCUUCCCUGGGCUGGCGGGGACGUAGGCGGGGCCCUUGUUUCUCGGUCCGUGUGGCUCUGGCUUGGAGUCCUGGAUUCCUUACAGGGCCUCGGAUUCGGCAUGAUCUUGCUUCAGACCUUGACUCGGAUGCACAUCUGCUUCACUCUGCUGGCUUCUCAAGUGCUAGGUUCAAUUGCGACCAUCUGCGCCAGGGCGUUCGCUCCGAAUAAUAUUGGUCCGGGGCCGAUUUCACCAGACCUGACGGCCGGAGUCAGCUCGGUUGCCAAUGCCUGGUUCUGGAUUGCUAUUUUCUUUCAGCUGCUAAUAUGCGCUGGGUUCUUAAGGUUCUUCCGGAAAGAGCAACUUUCAAAGCCCUGA